CGUUCACGAGCCAGGCUAGCGGUGAAGGGUUUUGUGGGUCAUGGGGGAGGAAGGUAAAUAAAAGCGGGGAGCUAAUAGCACUCAGCGACUGGUUUCGGACGGUUACUGGAAAAUUUAUUCGGGCGGAGGUGUGAGAGCGGGACAAGAGGGGACAUACCGCCGGAGUGAGGGACUGUCGCUCGGAUACAGCAGCAGCUGUCGGCGGUGAGGUGAACAUUUGCAGGUGGUCUUAUUGGGUUUGCCUCAUCCUUGUGUUGCCAUGGCGAUGCGUGAGUUGGUGGAGGCAGAAUGCGGGGGAGCCAAUCCCCUCAUGAAGCUGACCAGUCACAUGACCAAGGAAGGGGGGCCAUGGCGGAACGCCACAGCACCUCCAAUUCAUCCCACUCCCAUUGAAAUUGCAACUGAGGAAGAUCUCGUUAAUGAGUUCCUUCAGGAACCUCCACGCCCUCCACAGACCUUUGACAUGGGUCAGCUGCUGGAGGAAAUGCAGCAGAUUGACCAGCAGAGCUACAGACAAGCUCCACAGAGAGCUCCUGAUGUGGCAGCGCUGGCCCUCUCUGGUGACUGGGUGGAGGAGUUCCUCCAAGGCUCUGAUUCUGCCUCCGCCCCGGGGCUCAUCGCGCUCGGCGAUGCCGCAGAUGCUGAUUGGACGAAAGAAUUUAUUGCCGAGGCAGCAGAUCCUGGCCGCUGGGCAGAAGAGUAUCUGGAGCAGUCUGAGGAGAAGUUGUGGCUGGGGGAUCUUGGAGACAAAGCAAAUGAAUGGACUAAGGAGUAUCAAGCAGAAGACGAGCUGAGGCAGACAGCCAAUGAGCUUGUCUCAAAGGUUGAUGACCCAAAGUUACAAAACACAGAGUUCCUGCGAUUCAUUAGGCAAAUUGGCGAGGGCACUGUGACAGUGGAGAGCAAGACAGACAAACAGCUCACAGAUAAAGCUCAGGCCGAGAAUGCUCAGAACUGGGCCUCCAACCUCAACCAGUUCCUGAUGAAGACGGGGGGAGGGAGUCUUCCCCUGGAACCCCCAGAGAUGAAUCAGAAGAUUGACAAAGUAAAAGCUAAACAAGCAGAGCAGUGGGCCAGAGUCGUCAGGCAGGUGUCAGAGGAGUCAGCUGAAGCCUGGGUAGAUGAGUUCGCUACAUCAGGACCUGAUUUUCAACAAGCGAAAGCCGCAGUGGAGAGUGAUGUGGAUUUCUGGGAGAAGCUGCAGCAGGAGUGGGAGGAGAUGGCGAAGAGAGAUGCAGAGAGUCAUCCCUGGCUGUCUGACUUCGAUCAGCUACUCAGCACUUCUUACGACAAGGGCUAUCAGUUUGAAGAGGAGAACCCCUACUUAUCACACCCGGACCCUUUGUCAGAGGGAUUGAAGAGGAUGGAGGCAGGGGACAUCCCUGGUGCCGUCCGGUUCUUUGAAAGUGCUGUGCAGAAGGAACCAGACAACCAGCUGGCUUGGCAAUAUCUGGGAACCUGUCAGGCAGAGAAUGAGCAAGAAUUUGCCGCCAUCAGCGCCCUCCGCAGGUGUAUAGAGCUGAAGAACGACAACCUGACUGCCCUCAUGGCGCUGGCUGUCAGUUUCACCAAUGAGUCACUGCACAGGCAGGCCUGUGAGACUCUUCGUGACUGGCUAAAGCACAAUCCAAAAUACCACUCUGUUUGGGAGCAGAGUGAGCGCGAACGCUCCAAAGACAGCUCCAAAGAAAGGGAGAAGGACAGAGAGAGGUUCGGGUCAUUGCUGCCAGAGUCUUUGUUUACCGACGUCCAGUCCAUGUACCUGCAAGCAGCCAAUGUUGACCCUACCCAGGUGGACCCUCAGCUUCAGUGUGGUCUCGGCGUCCUCUUCAACCUCAGUGGAGAGUAUGACAAGGCGGUGGACUGUUUCAGCGCUGCUCUCUCCGUCACUCCACAGGACUAUCUGCUGUGGAAUAAGCUGGGUGCCACGCUAGCCAACGGAAGCCGCUCAGAAGAGGCUGUGGCCGCCUACAGGAGAGCACUGGAACUGCAGCCUGGCUUCAUACGCAGUCGCUAUAACUUGGGAAUCAGCUGUGUAAACUUAGGGGCACAUAGAGAGGCAGUGGAGCAUUUCCUUGAAGCUUUAUCUCUCCAGCGCCAGGCUAUAGAGGAUGGAGCGAGAGCUCCAAGGGGUCCCGGAGGAGCUGCGGCCACUAUGAUGUCCGACAAUAUCUGGUCCACCCUGCGCAUGGCUCUCAGCAUGAUGGGAGAGAGCUCUCUGUACGCCGCGGCCGACAGGCGAGACUUGGACACCUUGAUGGCUCAUUUCUGCCAGAGAGAGGUGGAUGGUGGGACUGAAUGAAAACCUGCCAGGAGAGGGCUCAUUGAGUGUGAAUGUUUUUUGCUGGGAGGUAAAUGUAUGAGUGACUGAAUGAAGCUGAUUGAAUGGAGGAAUGAAGGGGACAUGGUACAGCUAACAGUUAAAAGAAGAUGAUCGAGGAACACACUGUGAAGUGAUCAAAGUGCUCAUCAUCAUCAUCAUCAUCAUGUGUACAUGUGUGUUUAAAAGUGUUGCAGUAUCAGGCUUCACCUGUAGAGAAGCAGGCAGCAGUAAUCCAGUCACGAACUGUUUCACACGUUCAGCAGUCACUGGAUUUCCUCCUUUGUUGAUCAAGAGAACCAGACUGAAUGAUUUUAACUUGAAAAUCUUUCUCAGAGAAGAAGAGAAACAAGAAUAAACAUGGUUUAAUCACUAAUCUGUUCACCAUCCAGCAAUGUUAGUUUGUGUUAAGACACUCACUCCUCUCCCUGUCUUUAUUCACAGUUUGGUGGCCUCUGAGUUUAUUAUUACUGUGUUGAUGUUGUUCCUACAGCAUCUCGUUAACUUUGCUUCAGGACCACCAUUGCAACCGGACAAUCACAUUGUUGUAUUCGCUUCACAACUUGGGAACAAGAUGUACACAAGAGUCUGGUAGGGACAACGCUGUGGUUCAUGAAUGGGUGAAACAUAAGACUUUCACCCAGGAGACUGAGGCUUGUAGUCCUUGUUCAUUUGAGACUUAGUUGACUGCUUUUCAUUUUGAAAAGUAUUUACUUCAGUCACUUUGGUUAGGUGUAUAAAAUGAUCAUAUUAGAACUUAGUGAAGGCAAGCAUCUUUUUUUUCCUCCCCCCUCAGGUGCAAAGCUAAGCUAGUGUUUUGUACACUACAAACCCUGUUUUAUCAAUUCACAUGCCUCUUCAUACAAAGGACUGGAUGAGCCAGGGAUCUAACCAGGCCUUCCAAUUCGCAGACGACCCGCUCUACCUCCAGAGCUGCAACCAUCCCUGAUUGCAACGGUGUGAUUGAUCAGUGAUGGUCCUGAUGGAGGAACAACACAGCAAUUAUCAGAUGUGUGUACUCUCUGCGGUUAUGUAUAAUCAAGGUACAAGACCUCUGACAUUAAAGAGUGCUGCUUAUGAUCCAAGGUGCUCAGCAGGCGGAAGGAUUACAGAUUAUGCCAUUGUAAAGUAGAAAUACAAGUCAUAAGUGCUACAGCUCUUUUUGUUAUACUUUAUUUAAUUUUUUAGUAAUCAUUAUCAUGCCAGGAUAAUGAACUGAUAACCAGCGGGACUGUUACUCAAAUGAUAAGGUGUGUGUGUGUGUGUGUGUGUGUGUGGGUCGGGUGAGAGACAUUAUGUCAAUGAGAGUGGCGUUUCUGGGUUCCUGUGCUCUUUUUCAUAUUGCUCCUGUAAAACUACUUGCUUCAUUGUAAAAUAAUGCUCUAUGCCAUACUGUGUAUUGUAACAUAAUUGAUGCACUAUAAUUGUUUUCAGGCUACUUAUAUCCUGACAGCAAUGUUUAAUAUAAUAUUCAGCAAUAAAAGCUUUGAUUCCAGA